GCUGCUUUUCCUCACUUUGACUGGAAGUCCGCCGCACACUGCCAUGAGACCCUCCACCUCGUCCCUCGCCCUCCUCGUCCUCUGUGUCGGACUAAUUGGAUGCAAACCCUCGCCGCCCUGUCCGAACGGACAGUUCAUGCUGAAGAGCCAGUGCGUCCUGUGUCAUCCCACCUGCUCGGAGUGCGACGGACAUGAGCUGUUUCAGUGCACUACCUGUGGAGUUUAUGAAGACGGACAGGAGCGUUUCCUCCACCAAGGUCGAUGUCGGACACAUUGCCCCCGGGGACUCUAUCCUGACAGGGGUCACUAUGCCUGCCUGCCCUGCAUAGCCAAUUGUGAACUCUGCACAGAUGGCGACAUAUGUGCCAAAUGUCGGGAACACUACAAACUCCAGAAUGGGGUGUGCCAACCGGCGCUGUGCGACAUAGGGCAGGUGGAGGAUCCUGAUACAGGAGAGUGCAUUGACUGUGAAAUGGGCUGCAAAACUUGCUCCACAGAAGACCCUGAGAUAUGCAACAGCUGCGUUGAAGGUUACUUUCUUUUCAGACACCAGUGUCGAAGACAUUGCCCCCAGAGCACCUAUGAGGACUGGGGCAGGGGCGUCUGCCUCCUCUGCCCAUCACCAUGUGAAGACUGCAGGAGCAACACACACUGCCUUGCCUGCCAGCCUGGUUACUUCAUCAACGGAGGAGAGUGUAUUAAACAGUGCCCACAGCAAACCUUCAGUGACUCCAGCGGGUGGCGCUGCCAGCCCUGCCACAGCUCCUGCCAGACGUGCCACGGUCCCCAUUCAACAGACUGUGACCUUUGUCUUGGUGGAGAUCUUCCUCUGCAUGGACAGUGCCCUCAGGUUAACUGCCCAUUAGGAGAGUACUUUGAUGGGAAGUAUGGUGAAUGUCACACCUGUGAUGCGUCCUGCAAGACCUGUUUUGGCCCACAGUCAUUGGAUUGUUCUUCUUGUUUUCAAGGAUAUUUUCUGGACCAGGAAAGUUCUUGUGUAGAGCAUUGUCUAUCCGGCUCCUACGCAAACUCUGCCACUCAGCUCUGCGAGGAGUGCUCGCCAAACUGUGAGGCCUGCGUAGACACCAGCGAUAACUGCAUCGACUGUUCCAAGGGCACAUAUAAACUGUUCCUGCACCAGGGGCGGUGCUGGUCGAAUUGCCCAGAAGGUUUCUUUGAGACAGCGGAGGGGUCGUGUGAAGCCUGUGAUAGCUCCUGUCUGACAUGUGAUGAGAUCAAGUCCCAGUGUCUGUCCUGUGCGGACGGUCAUUACUUGGAGGGCGGUACGUGCAGACUCAACUGUUCACUGCGGACAUACCCUGCAGAUGAUGGUACUUGCAGACGCUGUCCUCCCCACUGUGACAUUUGCACGGACGACAGGACCUGUUUCAAGUGCAGUUUCCUCUACUUGAUGCUGAAUGGUGUGUGUCGGGCCAGUUGUCCCACGGGCUACUAUGAGGACAUGGAGGAGGGACGGUGUGGUCAGUGUCACCCUACCUGUGGCAGCUGUUCGGGGCCCUUGGCAGAUGACUGUGAGACCUGCGCAGCAUUCAGCCCCAAGCUCUAUAAAGGUGCAUGCUCCAAGGACUGCCCCACUGGUACUUACUAUGAGGUUGCAGCAGUGGAGUGUCAAGAGUGCCACCAGACCUGCAUGAGCUGCACCGGCCCGGCCGCCAACCAGUGUACUCAGUGUGAGAAAGGACUUGUGUUGGACCCGAACACAUUGUUGUGCGGCGUGACAGGCGACACGGACUGCCCCCCGGGGACCUACCUGCACGAUGACCAGUUCACCUGCAUGAGUUGCCAUCGGCACUGUUACUCUUGUGAGGGUCCGGGCAGCGACACAUGCGAGACCUGCGCCGUCCCCAAAUACCUUCACAACAGCACCUGUGUGAGUGAUUGUCCAGCUGGUACGUACAGUACGACGCAGGAAGCUGAUGGAAAGGAGCUGGGAUUCUGUUUACCCUGCGAUGACGUCUGUUCCACCUGCACUGGAGCGUCAACUAGAGAUUGCCUUAUUUGUUCUCAAGGACGUCUGCGUCACCUUCAGCUGUGUGUCACCCACUGUCCCACGGGGUAUUACAAAGAGGGAACCCACUGUCAAAAAUGUGACAGAUCUUGUGAGCUGUGCACAGGACCAGGACCCGAGUCCUGCAGAGCCUGUUCCCCUCCUCUUCUAGAGCUGCAGGGCACCAAACUGUGUGUUGAGCGCUGCCCACAACGCUUCUACCAGCUUGGUGACAUCUGCAAACAGUGCCACACCAGUUGUCAAACAUGCACAGACUCCUCGCCUCAGGGCUGCAUGACGUGUGACUGGGGCAGCACUCUGAAGGACAAAGUCUGCUACCCACGCUGUGAGGAAGGGCGAUACUUUUCUGAAGAGGAAACGUGUGAGCCUUGCCACAGCUCAUGUAGGCACUGUACUGGGCCGAGACCUGACCAGUGUCUGACCUGUCACCGUGAUUCUGCUCUUCAUGCCGUGGAGAACCGUUGUGCCCGCUGCUGCCAGGCUGGCGGAAAUUACACUGACUGCUGUGUUUGCGACAGCCGCUCAGCACUGUGCGUGGAGGCCCCCAAACCCAAGGCAGGAGAGGGUCAGGAAAAUGACAUGAGUAUGUCCUCUAAAGCACUGAAGCACACCACGGCUGCCUUGCCUAUUGCCCUUAUGCUGGCAGGGUUGGCUCUGGCUGUGUUUGCCUUGUUCAAGGCGCACGCCAGGAAGAGACUGUGCUGGAAACAGAGCUACGAGAGGCUGAGUGGCAGCGCCAGCGUCAACAUGCCCCACGGCGUGCCCGAGCCAGAUAGCGGAGAUGAGGUGGACGUGGUGUACACAAGCAGGGGGGGAUCCGUUUACCGACGUUACAGCUUCAUCCAUGAGCAGGACACAGAUGCAAACCAGGACGUGGAGGAGAACACUCUUCUGAGUCAAUCUUAGAUUCCUCCAGACCAGAGGUUGCAGUAAUUCUGUUUUCUAUUGUGUGCGCCGUACCAAGACUGAAAGGUCUCUUAGAAGAGAAUUUAGUUGUAUUUUGCUUUGGUAUGUUUAUUUUUGUGUUCAGCUGUAUAUUUUAUUCUAUGAAGUGCCUGUAUCUGUAUAAUGCACAUUUUUAGAUAGGUGAUAAAAUACAUACAUUUGUGUAAAUGUAUGUAAAUUCUUUUUUAAACUUGAAAUUAAAGAUUUGUGAAGAAGUGGAUUGGUCUUGUAUAUAAAUAUAUGUGAUUUUCUGUAAAGGGAUGUGUAAUUUGAAAUAAAAAUGUGUUCUAAUUGACUGUAAA